AUCUGACGUACUUCCCUUUUCACGUGCCCGUGGAUUAAAUGUGUCUUGGAGGGAUCAUUCAAGUCAAUUUCAAUCUUUGAUUCGAGCUGUAAGAUGUUGAAAAUCGAGGGACUCGGGCCGAAAAUGGACCCGGACGAGAUGAAGAAGAAAAUGCGAGAGGACGUCGUUACGUCUGUUCGCAACUUUUUGAUUUACGUUGCUCUUCUCCGAGUCACACCAUAUGUUUUGAAGAAGCUGGACAGCAUAUGAAACUUCAUCAUGGACAGAUGAGCAUGCAGUGCCUGGAUGAUGAUGCUGCUGCAGCACAGAGCCACUUACCACGCCAGUGAAUGAAGAGAGGGUGUUACAUUGCCUGUAUUUAUUUAAAAAAAUAAAAUAAAAUACUGGAUGCAUCCAAUAUACUUUUUCCCCAGCCAUUUAAAUAAUUUAAAUCAAGAGUUGUCAACCAGAAUGUGAUGUUCAUGAUAGUCUAAGCAAUAAAUCUUUCAUCAGUUAUGCCCAUUGAA